AUGGAUCGUCUUGCUGCAUGUCAUGUUAUGCAUGGAUUUUUAAAUAUACAUAAAGAAGCAAAAAAAAGAAACAAUUCUUCACUUAAUAAUCAUGCUAAAAAAAGUAGUCAUCGGUCCCAUUCAUUAUCUGAAAGGAAAGGAGUAAUUAGUACUCUUAAAGAUGAAAAUAAAAAGUAUAGUCAAAGCCAUCAUCGAGAAAGUGAUUCACAUAAAGAUGAUGAAGAUGAUACAUUUAAUUCACUAUUUCAUAGAGUAUUAGAUUACGGUACCAGUAACAACAAUUUUUAUCAUUAUCAAAUUGAGACAUUACUUGAUCCAGUGCAAAAAAUAACACUAACAAAUUCAUCAAAAUAUAAAUUACCUAAUCAUCAUUCUGAUAUAUUUUCAUCACCUAGAUAUUAUUCAAAAAAUUUUCAUAGCUCCCAAAAUAAUUUAAAAUGUGGUUAUCUUCUUUUAUCUAUCAAUUUUUCUCAACCUAAAAAUGAACUUUCAAUUUAUAUUGAAAAAGGAGCCAAUUUACCAAUAUCUCAACCUCAUAAAAAAUCAGUAUCAUACAUUAAAGUUGUCCUUAUACAAGAUCAUCAAUUUGUCAAUUGCGCAAAAAGCGGAACAUAUAUAUCAAAACCAUUCAUUGAUUUUGACAAAACAUUCACUUUUAAGUUAACUAAAAACCAACCUACCUUAUCAUUGUUGAUUUUAGUUAUUCAAAAAAGUAACAAUUCUGAGGAACGUGAAUUGGGUCAUCUAACAUUUGGUGAUGAGGACCAAUCUAAUAAUCAAUUUAAAGAUAUUAAAAAUGAAAAUGAAAAAAAACGAUAUUUAAUGGGCAAUACAAUUAAUAAGUAUGAUAUAAAUUGGGUAUCAAAACAAAAUGAAAUAAAACCACCUAUCAAUUUUAUUAGUGGACAAAAAUUGUUUAACCAAAAUGAUUGUUUACUAAAUGAAUAUCAUAGUAGAUUAGAUAAUAAUAUCUGUAACUGGUUCAAAUUGUCCAAUAAAUGGUAA